UAUAUGAUGUAUAACUGAUAAGUGUUUUUUUGUUUUUGUUUUGUUUUGACCAAAAGUCACUUAGCUUCCUAUUUAAAGAGGCAUUAUCUAGAAUGCUAGCAUAGUAACAUAAGAACAUUUCCAUAAUCUGCAUUAAUAGUGCAAUGGUAUUGUUUCUCAACAUUUACUGACUAGAAUUUAUGUUGGGUGCAUAUAAAAAACAGCCUAAAAUGCUAAAUGUCUGUUGUUCAGCAGAAAGCGCACCGGUCAUAUAGCGAAAAGCACCACCCCUGCUCUCUUGCAAAAAAACAACGAAAUCCCGUGCUCUGUCAUUACCUGAUUACUCAAUUUGAGAUUGAAAACUAUCAGUGAAUAGUGUAGAGAAUCAUUGUGCAAUUUAAAUCUCUUUCAGAUCUAGUAUGCAUUAUCCCCGUUCAUUACACGUUACCACACUACUUCCGCCUUCUCCUCCAUCUAAUCUUAGGAACGUGCCCUAGUUCUCACAUGACCACUCUAGGAAAGCACAUGACCUUCGAAGCAAGCGGUGACCAAACAAAAUCUUCUUCAAGUAACUGUCAGGUUUUGUCUGUAAACCCGUGAUAUGAGGUUGCAUUAUCCUUCAAGAAGACAUACCUGCAGUUAUCGAAUGAGCCUCCGCUGUAAAAGUGAAACCUAAAACUACGUUUGCGAAAAAGCUUUUGGUAAGGAGCGAUGUCUACGGAGAAGUUACUUCAAUAUCGGCAACGGAUGCGCACUGAGCUGGACAGAGUGUUGGAUUUCUGGCUCAAAUAUUCUCAUGACACACAAUAUGGUGGGUUUUUCAACUGUAUUGGGAAAGACGGAAAAAUCUAUGACGACCUGAAAUAUGUUUGGUUACAGGGAAGACAGGUGUGGAUGUAUUGCAGACUAUACAGGACAAUGGAGCGUUUCCACAAGCCUGAGAUUUUGCAAGCUGCCAAAUCUGGAGGGGCAUUCUUGCGGAGUUUUGCACGUGUUUCCAAUAGUGGAAGUCCUUGGAAGUGUGCCUUUUGUUUGACCAGAGACGGUAAAGCCCUGAAAGUGCAGAGGACAAUCUUCAGUGAAUGUUUCUAUGUCAUGGCCAUGGAUGAGCUGGCUCGGGUUACAGGAGACAAUGACAUGCAGGUGGAAGCGGCACAGAUGAUGGACCAGCUGGUCCACUGGGUUCGAGUGGAUUCAUCUGGCCUGGGCAGGCCACAGCUCCCUGGAGACACUCCGGUCUGUAGCAUGGCUGUUCCCAUGAUGCUGCUGUGUCUGGUGCAGCAGCUCACAGAGGGCCGCAGUGGGGAACAGGUGGAUAAAUAUCAGGAGGUGGGCAGCUGGUGCGUCAAGCAGAUCCUGCAACACCUUCAGAGAGGUGGUACAGCCAUUUUGGAAAGUGUCUCCGUGGAAGGAAAAGAACUACCUGGAUGCCAGGGUCGAUUACAGAACCCAGGCCAUGCCCUAGAGGCAGGCUGGUUCCUCCUACAAUACGGUGUGAAAAAUGGGGACCAGGAGCUCCAAAGGACAGCAGUGGACAAGUUCAUGGAAGUCCCUUUUCUGACAGGCUGGGACACAGAACACGGGGGGCUCUUCUACUUCCUGGAUGUGGAUGGUUACUGCCCUACACAGUUGGAGUGGAGUAUGAAACUGUGGUGGCCACACUGCGAAGCUCUCAUUGCAUACCUGAUGGCCUACAGCCAGUACAGAGAACCAGCCCUGUUGGAGCGAUUCGCUCAGGUCUAUGACUAUACCUUCAGCCAUUUUUCUGAUGCUGAGAAUGGCGAGUGGUUUGGAUAUUUGACCCAAGAAGGGAAAGUGACUCUGGAUUUUAAAGGAGGGCCUUUCAAAGGUUUCUUUCAUGUUCCUCGGAGCCUCUAUAUGUGUGAGAAAAUCCUGGACUCCAUACUGGAAAAAUAAAAUAACCUUUUCACAUGGAGGUAUAUUGGACAAUUGUGUCUAAUUCCUGGUAUUGUGGUGAAGGUUUGGAAUUCACAUUUGCACUGGUCACUGCAUAUUCUUAAAGAGAUGAUUGCCUUAAUGUUAAGAGGGUAGUAAAGAGAAAGCAAAAUAAAUAAUUAUGGCACAGCUUUUAUUGUUAAACUUGUCAGCUGUGUAUUAAUACUAUGGGCAUAAUUCAUGAAAUCAUAGGUAAAUAAGACACAUAUUUGUCUCCUGCCGGUCUAUAUAAUGGGGACCCAUGAUUUAAAUUGUUUUAAUAUAACUUUUAUAUGGACAGUAAUGCAACAAGUUUUGUUAGCCAACUGUUUGUCAACUAAUCUAAGUUUGCACACAGUGAAACAUGGCAGCCAGGAACGCGCUGUCAACUAAGGGGGCUCAGGAGUGUUGAAAGCCUGAAAUAUAGAUUCACACUUUGACCACAGAAGCACCCCAAAAUGUCCCCCCCCUUAAAAAAAAACAAUUAUAGAAUGUAUUCAUUUGUAUGCUACUGUAUAUAAAUCAACAUAUUGAUGCACGUGAAAAUUUUCCCCCUGCUGUAAGUAAAUAUUUCAUGUCUAAUUCAUUUUGAGAUGAAUAUAGCAAUCUGAA